AUGAUCAAGCGGCACUGGGGACUCAGCCUACACCGAGAAUGCUGUCAACGCAAGUGGCGCCACCCGUGUGGCACUGGGGUUUCCUCCGGCAGCAGGUGGGAGCCUGGGUUUGGAGUAGAGAGGACUUGCAUUGAUGCACAGAUGACAGUUGACCAGCCAAGCACAACCUCAACAGCCAACACCAUGUGUGGAAGCUACUACGGAAACUCUUAUGGAGGCUGCGGCUAUGGAGGCUGUGGCUAUGGAGGCUGUGGCUAUGGAGGCUGUGGCUAUGGGGGCUGCGGCUAUGGAGGCUGUGGCUAUGGAGGCUGCGGCUAUGGAGGCUGCGGCUAUGGAGGCUGCGGCUAUGGAAGCUCUGGCUACAAAGGCUGGGGCUACAGAGGCUGUGGCUAUGGAGGCUGUGGCUACAGAGGCCUGGGUUGUGGCUAUGGCUCCUGCUAUGGCUGUGGCUCUGGCUGUGGCUACUAA